AUGGACAUCGGCUUCUACAAGCGUGUCAGGGGCAUCAAGCACAAGGCGACGACGAUGCCCUUGUACCCCCGGAAACCGGCGCAGGUGGCACCCGCCGCGCCGGCGCAGCAGGCCGUCAGCAAGGCGAAACAGCCCUCCACCACCACGGUGUGGUCGAUGCCGGCACCACCGCCGUCGACCGUGGUCGCCAUGGAGGUUGUCGGCGGCAUGGUGCCCGGCGGUGGCGAUGUCGGCAGCGACGCCGACGUCGACAGCCGGGCGGCCUUGUACAUAUCCAGGGUGCAGGAGCGGCUUCGGCGCGAGCGCAUGGCCGAGGACUGGCGGGUGUACUACUGA